CAGGACAGGCGCAUGUUUCCCUGCCUGUCGUGUUUUCCCUCUUUCUGCUCUCCGCUAUUCAAACCUCUGCGAGGGAAACCACACAGUCCCAGUCUGAACUCCACUCUCUCCACGCCGGUCGAUCGCCAAAGUACUGGAAAAUACCCCCGGGGAGCCACCUUUUUUCUUUUUUUAAAAAUCUUUUUUUCCUCCCUUCUUAUAAGCACCGGGAUACAGAACUGCAGCAGAGUGGCCGUGCUGGUUCCAGAGAUGUCCUGCAUGCGGAAUAUGGUCAGUGGCUGAAGCAGUUUCCUCUUUAUCCACGCACCUCCCAGCUGCCAUCGCAGGCUGGGAAACACGAGUCAUGUGAUGUCAUCAUCAGUAGCGCGAGCGUGACAGAGAGAAACAGGGCGUGCAUGGGAUCAGGAGCAGAGAAGUGAAGUUUCAGGUGGACAAACACAGAGCACCUUCUCUCCCCACUGUGACCUGUAAUCAAUGGCAACCUCGGUCCAGACUCUUCCUCUGACCCGUGGCCCCAGCAAAAACUUCCGCGACCCCUGCCCAGCCCCGCCCCUGUCCCCGCGGUGCGGCAUGGGAAGUGUAGGCAGUCUGGUGGAGAGGCCGGAUGUUUCUCCGACUAAAGGCAACCGAGCAGUGCCCCAGGUGAGACCGAAACACAGCAACGGGCUCUUGAAGAAAGGCUUCACCCAGAGAGAGCUGCUCAACUACCUCAACAUCAACAGAAAAGAGCCUAAAGCGAGCCCGAGCAGCGACGGCAAGAAGGACAUUAUCUCGGGCCUCAGCGCUGUCAGUGCACGGGAGGAGGAUAACGUUUAUGCUAAGGUUUACCAUAAGGAUGGCACUGAGGUAGAUCUUACAAAGAACUCACUGCCAAGCGCGGGCAAGUACGAAAAGGCACGUUUGAGGUCUUCGGCCUUUAAGCCUGUGACCCCCAAGAACUUUAGCUCAAUGCAAAAUCUCUACCCGUCUUCCAAAUCAGAGGAUGUGGAUCAUGGCCUCUCCAACGGCUUGCACAGAGCGUACGCCCAUGUUCCCAAAGCUGUCUCCACCUCGUCUUCUUCUUCCUCACCGUCACGUCACGGAGGACCGGCGUCAGCCGGCAACAAGGCCCUCUCCUCGGUGUGUGGGAUGGGCCAGGAAGAUGACAACUUGUCAGACUCGGGCCAUAACUCCAUGAGCAGCCUGCCGCCGUACCGACCUCCCUUCCGCCCACACCUGGCUCACAUCAGUGCAUCUAUGGGCCACAUCAAUACCAUCGGCUCCCUGGACCGCACCUCUCUGGGAAUGAAGGCUGUGGGGUCAGGGGGCGUGCCUAUUGGGGAGAUGGCGUGUCGAAGCAUGGCUACUCUGAGCCGUAUUGCUCCAUAUAGCGUGGAGGCUCCACCUCCUUAUGAAUGGACGCUCUCCCUGUCUGUGGAGGAGGUGGUGCGGGAUCUGGAGGAGCGCCUGGUGGAGAAAGAGCAUGAACUCAAGCAAAUGAAGAGAAACCUGGAUGAGAGCGAGGGCGCCAUCGCACAGGUGUUUGAAGGGAAGCAGCGUCUGUGGGAGAAGGAAGUGGAGGAGCUGAAGCGCCUGUAUGCUGCUAAGCUGCGUCAGGUUUCCCAGCAUGCCCAGCGUUCCCAGCGCAGCCUGCAGUUGCAGCUGUUUAAGGUCCAGCAGGAGAAGAACCGGCUGCAAGAGGAGCUUGACGGCAUGAGAAAGGAAAUGUGCCGGGAUGCUGGAGCAGUGCCCAGGCGAACCAGUCCGACCCUGGAGGAGACGCAGUGGGAGGUUUGCCAGAAGUCGGGGGAGAUCUCCUUGUUGAAGCAGCAGCUGAGGGACUCCCAGGCAGAGGUAACUCAGAAGCUGAGUGAGAUCUUCCAGCUGAAGACAGAGCUCAGGGAGACGCGAACAGAGCUGCGCAACAGGGAACGCCAGAUAGAUGCUUUAAAGCUUGACCUGCAGGGGACACAGCGUCACAGACGACCUUCUCAGGCUGCACACGAAGACGAAAAAGAAACUGAAGAGAAUCCAUCUGCUCGGGCGAUAGGAGGAUGCGGGGGCCCCACAGAGGAGCGUCUGCGCGCAGAACUGCUGCUGGAGCGACGCCAGAGCGAGGCCCAGGCCAUGGCUUUCGAGGAAGAGAGGCACACGUGGCAGAUGGAAAAGGACAAGGUCAUCCGCUACCAGAAGGAGCUGCAGGCCAGCUACUUAGACAUGUACCACCGCAACGAAGCGCUCGAGAGGGAAGUGCAACACCUGCGGGCGAGCAGGGAGCAACAAGGUGGAGGAGCAGGCGGAGGAAGCAGAGAUGGCACUUUGGAAAAGGAAGCGCCAGAGCUGAGGAAAGAGAGAGCAGGUGACAAACAAGAGGACACACCUUCCCCUGGUCUGCCGUGGAUAGAGCGGAUCGAAUCGUCGGAAAUUUGACUGUGACCUACUUGUUUGCAAUGCAAAGUAUGUGCUAUGGAAGGUCAUAUCUGCCAGUACAAGGGAAAAAAUCAAAUGAAUUGAUGUUGCUGUAACAGAUAGUCAAAACUGUGAGAUAAUAAGCAAAGAUUUACUGUUAAUAAUAAUAAUAAUAAAACUAAAAGACUUGUGCCAAAAUAAAGGAGAAAUAAUUAAAAAUUUUGAUUUAACAAGUCAAAACUGUAAAAUUAUUAGUCAGAUUUUCUACUUGGUGUGUAACCUAAUUUUUGACUUGGACUGUAAGUCCAAAAACAUGUGAUACCAAACAUUCAGUCCAAAAACAAGCAUCAUAUGCUACUGUGUCAAAGUGAUGAUCAUCAAAAAAGACAAAAAUAGGUCAAAAUUUAAUUUAAAGUGCUAUAUUUAAUUAUCAAAUCAAAAUUUAUAUCUAUUAUCCCAAAUUAAGUAAGUCAACCUGGACUUACUGAUGAGUCUAUUUAUUUUUUAGCAUAAUUAGCUUUUCUUUGAUUUUUUCUUCUUUUCCUGUACAGAAGGGUCUUCCACAGACUGCUCACCCUUCUUCCAUCUCUUCCACUUCACCUUUUCCUGCUAAAGCUGGGCCCCCAACCUCACACAGAGCCAAGUGAUACUGAGGUUCCUCUAUCCUUAUUGUGUCAACGCUGUAAAAGAAAAAAUACAGCCAAGCACCUAAACGGUCCAACUUAAGACUUUUUAUUGAUAAACCUGUAAAUGAGCAAAUUGACAUGAUGAUUGUGACUGCUUUGUGUUUAUUUGGUUUGAGCCUGACCGAUUAUACAGUAGUUAACAUCUCACAGCCUCUUCAGUGUUUGCAGACCAUCUAUAAAUUCAGGGUUCACCUGGACUCUUGGAGCAAACAGCUUCUUUGGGUUAAUUAUGAAGAAUGGUGCCAAGGCAGAGAAAACUGUGCAUAGUAAACUGGAAAUACUCACCUUACUUCCUUCACUUUCCAGACAGGUGAGGUUUAUAUAUAAAUAUGUAUUUUGUACAUAACUGUAAUUUUUAUUUGCCAUGGUACUUUAAGAGCACUGUCGUCUUAAAUAUGCAUACUUUGACAAAAUCAAUCGGUAGAUGCAUUUAUGAUUGCCCUGCUUAUUUGGUGCGAUUUGUUGCACAAACCCAGCACAUAACAUCAAAUGCAUGCCCGUAGUGAAAAAACGUCCUCUGGUGUUGUUAUUAUUGAUAUUAUAAACAUUCAAAAACCAGCUCUCAUUUGACCUUUCCGCAUACUGUGACUCACGUCUAUUUACUGGAAUUAAAACUGUACAGUAUAAAGAUUUGUUUUCUG